CCACAUAACUAAAAAAGAAUUGAAAUUAGUCAAACAUUGUAAAAAAACAUUUUGCAAACGUUUUCCUUCCCAGAACACCGCGUAGGCGCAGCCUUUUGUUGAUUCCACAAAAACAAAACACAACGUUGUUAAACUUAACCAAUCAUAAUCAUUUCCACAUUUCAAAUUGGAUGAUAUUUCUGUUCUGAUAACAAAUUGUUUGAUCAAUCCAAUGGCCCAAUCUUUUGGACAAACCGAGAUUAAUUGGGACAAGCUAGAUAAAACUAAGUUCUAUGUCGUUGGAGCUGGACUCUUUACUGGUGUUACGGUUGCACUUUACCCGGUUUCAGUUGUGAAAACUAGGCUGCAGGUUGCAACCAAGGGUGCUGCAGAGAGAAAUGCCUAUUCAGUUGCAAAAGGACUACUUAAAACAGAUGGCAUCCCUGGUUUGUAUAGAGGGUUUGGCACGGUUAUCUUUGGUGCAAUACCAACCAGAAUCAUAUUCCUCUCGGUUCUGGAGACCACAAAAGUGUCUGCCUUUAAAAUGCUGCAACCAUUUGGACUAUCUGAAACUACACAGGCUGCAUUAGCAAAUGGAGUUGCAGGCAUGACAUCGUCACUUUUUGCUCAAUCUGUGUUUGUACCAAUUGAUGUGGUUAGCCAAAAGUUGAUGGUGCAAGGAUACUCAGGACAUGCCCAAUAUAGUGGGGGCAUUGAUGUUGCUCGUAAGAUUUUAAGGUCUGAUGGCAUUCGGGGAUUGUAUCGAGGGUUUGGUCUUUCUGUUGUCACUUAUUCACCUUCUAGCGCAGUGUGGUGGGCAAGUUAUGGUUCAAGCCAACGCUUCAUUUGGAGACACUUGGACCAAGGUGGCAAAUAUGAUGAAGCCAGUCCUAGUGUGCAGAAGAUUAUGUUAGUUCAGGCUGCGGGUGGAAUUAUUGCUGGUGCAACUGCGUCCUGCAUUACGACCCCAUUGGAUACUAUCAAGACACGGUUACAGGUGAUGGGAAAUGAUAACAGAAGCUCUAUAAAACAAGUUGCUAAAGAUUUAAUCAAAGAAGAUGGUUGGAAAGGUCUUUAUAGAGGGUUUGGUCCAAGAUUUUUCAGCAUGUCAGCAUGGGGCACUUCAAUGAUAUUGACUUAUGAGUAUCUGAAACGCUUAUGCACGAAAGAUGAAUAGAUGCAAUUGGUCUGCAAGUUUUCUAGCUUUGUCUUCCAUCAAUUGAUUAUGCCAAGAUUUUGGUGGUAAUUUUGUUGUAGCAUUACACAAUAACUUUAACCCUACACCUUCAACAUUGGAGUUCCUUUUCGACAUUUGUCCAGUCUUGACUCGAGGGUUAAUUCUUCUAUGCUAGCAAAGCUGUAUACUAACAGAUUAUUCUCAAUAAUUGCUGGAUACACUAGGAAAUUAAUAGUUCCAUUCUUUAUGAUUAAUUGGAUUUUUUGUAAUAUUUUUUAGCUUUGCUGUGAAUUAUGUAUCAUGAAAGGGAAGGAAAUAGAUUGCAAUUGAAUGUAAUCUAUUGCAUCGACAUGUGAAGAAUAUAUUCGAAACUAAGAAAUAUUGUUUGUUACAUACAAAUUACAAUCUGGAGAAAUUAUAUUGCAGACGUUUUUGUUUA